CCCCCUGUGAGUCAGAGACUUUAGGAGCGCUAGUGUAAUGACAGCUCGAAGCUGUCCACGUCAACACUGCUACAACCAUGGACUCCGCGGCUCUGGAACCCUCGCUGUACACAGUUAAGGCAGUCUUCAUCUUAGACAACGAUGGAAACAGACUACUCUCAAAGUACUAUGAUCCAGAACUCUACCCCUCCAUGAAGGAGCAGAAGAAUUUUGAAAAGAACGUCUUCAACAAAACACACAAAGCUGACAAUGAGAUCGCCUUCUUAGAGGGAAUGACGAUAGUCUACAAGAGCAGCAUAGACCUGUUCUUCUAUGUAGUCGGCAGCGCUCAGGAAAACGAGCUCAUGUUGAUGGCAGUGUUGAACUGCUUGUUUGACUCUCUCAGUCAAAUGUUGAGGAAGAAUGUGGAGAAAAGGACUCUGCUGGAUAAUAUGGAUGGAGUUUUCCUUGUGGUGGAUGAAAUCAUCGAUGGAGGCGUGAUCUUGGAGAGCGAUCCCCAACAGGUCAUGGAAAAAGUCAACUACAGGGCAGAUGACAACCCUCUAUCAGAACAGAGUGUGGCGCAGCACAUCACAGAGAAACUGGCUCUCACCACUAAUGUGUUACAGUCAGCAAAGGAGCAGAUCAAGUGGUCAAUCCUAAAAUAAGUCAGAAACAAAAACUUCCCCUUACUUCUGAAGGAAUCUGUAAAUAAUUGAAAGGGAAUUUCAUUGUUAUUUUGAAUGAGAUGUAAUUUAAUUCUUGAAGUAGCACAUCAGGGGCACUUGUGUCUCAUGUUUCAUACUAAGAUAUUUAUAUUUUGUGUCAAAGAGUAAAUUAGGUCAUUUCUGCUUUGUAGAUUUUUUUAAUUCAUAUGAAAUGCAAAUUUCGCUAACACCUACACACAUGCUUGAAUGUUUCCAAAGAAGUUGCAAUUUCUUUUCUUUUUUUUUUACAUUUGCAAAUAUUUAUAUACUUCUAUGGUGUUUAGAUGUUAUAAGUUCAUUAACCAUUGGGUUGUGACUUUUUUAUGAUCAGGAAUAUGAUUGUAUAAACCUCUUGUUUACUCUUUUGUCAUUUUGCUAUAUGUCAACAUUGCUUUACCACCUUUUGUCAAAAAUAUUAUACACGAUUCUGAGUUCUGUUACGCUAGGCCUACAACUUAAUAUUUAGCUAUAUUUUUAAAAUGAGAAACAGGCAAUAUUAAAAAUUGACUAGAAGCAUUUUUAUUAUUAUUAUUAUUAUUAUUAUUA